CAGUGAACGUUAUUUUUGCAAAAUGUCCGGUGAUCAAGCGAGCGACCCCGCCGUGGACAAUUUGCGAAAUUACCUGAGGAUCCGUAGCGUACAUCCCAACGUUAAUUACGAUGAAUGUAUUGAAUACCUCAAGAACCAAGCCAAGAGUCUGGACCUCCCGGUGCAGGUAUUUGAAUGUGUGCCCAAGAAGCCGAUCCUGGUGAUGACCUGGAAUGGAGAGCAACCCUCGCUGCCCAGCGUCAUGUUAAAUUCUCACAUGGACGUCGUUCCAGUGUUUGAGGUAUGUUUAUAACGUCAGUAACUAGCGGCGA